AUGCCUCAGUUAAAUGCCUUAGCUGAGAGAAUAGAGAUGACACUAAUUGAAAGGAAUUCUGCAGACACGCAACAUAAUUUCAAUGCAAGAGUGAAAAACUGGGGUUUCACAAGUUUCAUUCCAUUGACUGAGCUUCAUUAUCGUACUGGGGGAUACCUUGCAAAUGACUCUUUGGUGAUUAAAGCCAAAGUUUGCGUCUCAACAGUUACUCCUCCAGAGAAUAUUCAGCCAGCUAAACCAACUGAUAAGUUUGACUCCUAUUUUGCUGGUGUGGAGGAACUCAUCAAAGCUGAUGAGACUAACGGUGAUACUGUAGGAUCAACUUCGUACCCUCAAGAUAGUGCUUUGACAGCUGAAAUGCAUAGCUUAGAAGAAGUUGAGAAGUUAAUUGACAACCUCGGGAUGGAAGAGGAAGAGCUCAGGAGAAAGAUGGAGGAAGUGAAGUCUAGGAGGGACAAGCUCCUCUCAGAUUGGGAGAUCUUGCUGGUCGAGUGUGAAGAAGCGAAGUCGGACUAUAAAGAUGAGCAGAAGUAG